AUGCCAGCUCCCGGUCGUGGAUCGAAACGAAAGGCCAAAGGAAAGCGAAGGACAGAGUCUGCUUCUACGGAAGUAGAUGCCGACUUCGACAGCAUACACGUCCCUCAAAUCAACAAUUCUGAAGGCUGGAAUGCAAUCGCUGACAAUUUAUGCACUUUUUUCGGUCUUCCAGAUCUCACCACUCGAAGUGGUCUGAAAGAAAUACAUGCAAAUUUCGACGUCCUAUUCGCACGAAUUGACAAGGUCUUUUCAGAGAAUCCCGAUGAUUUCAGAAUCAGAGGCGGGAUUGUGGGUAUCUACACCCGAAUGUGUGUAGAUGCGAUAUUGCGCAACAAACUUUUCGAGAAAGGCGUCUUGGAAAAGAUCUUACCUUUGUUGGACAUUGACGAGACGCGACACCUCGCACUACGAUGUUUGACCGUCAUCACUCGACACGGAGGUAUCGACGCCCGCCUCGAUAUCGCAAAGCACGCUCGCAAGCUCACCAAGUUGGUUCGCGAUCUUCCCAAUGACGAUAUAGUGACGGAACUGUGUGUUAAAAUCCUAUCCCACUCAGUUUCUGUCGUCGUUGAAGGGGUCGAAGGGCCACUUCACCCGGAAGCUCUCCGCGCGCUCGACAUGACCGACGUCCUGAAAGCCAUGCUGGAGACCAUUAAACGACCGUCUCGGGACCCGAGGCACUUGGUUGAGCACGCCCUCGAUCUUAUCGUGAUGUCGACUCUCUACAAGUCCGACGCAUUCAAAGUUUAUCCGUCUUCAAUUGGCUUUCUAGUUGCUGGAGUGCGCUGCAAGGACUGGGGUACCCGCGGUAUUUGCCUUAACGCCCUCAUGCGCCUCUACCAAGAUGAGCACGACAAAGAGAAUCGCAAAUUCGACCCUAUGCGACUUUUCACUGAGGUUCGACAAGGGAAAGCGCCGAGCUUUCUCAAUGAUGUCCUAAAUCGUCACGGGCCCGCUCGCAGUGACGUCUACCAAACGCUCUCUUGCAUCACCGAAUUCCAAAAGGCAAUGUUUGCUGUUGCUCAGGACCGCGACUUCUAG